UGCCCCUUGUGAUGUUUAGGUUCGUCGUCGCUCCUGGCCCGGCCCGCACGGGACCGUCGGCUCCUGUGUAAAGGGCCGAACAGUUACCGCUGCUCGCUGGAACGUUAGCAGUGUUUGACAUGAGCCCACUCUACCUCCGGACAGUCGGGUGUUCAUACAACAGAUUUCCCUGGAAAUUACCCUGGCUAUGAUGAUACCUGGGAUAUGGAAAAAUUUCAAAAGAACUUCAGAAUUGACAUAGUGCAUCUAGAUGAGAGCAGUAUGGAAUUUGACAUGGUGGGCAUGGAUGCAGCCAUUGCCAAUGCCUUCAGAAGGAUCCUACUAGCAGAGGUGCCUACCAUGGCUAUAGAGAAGGUGUUUAUCUAUAACAACACAUCCAUCGUCCAGGAUGAAGUCCUGGCACACAGAUUAGGCCUCAUCCCCAUCAAAGCUGACCCCCGGCUGUUUGAGUACAGGAACACUGGUGAAGAUUUGGCAGAGGAAGAAGGAUCAGAAAUAGACACAAUUCAACUGCAGCUGAAGGUUAAAUGCAGCAGGAACCCCAGAGCCAGCAAAGACUCCUCUGACCCACGAGAGCUGUAUCUGAACCACAUCGUUUAUUCCAGGGACAUAAAGUGGGUCCCCAUUGGGAACCAAGCAGACGUGUUUGCAGAGUCCACCAUUGGACCCGUACAUGACGACAUCCUGGUAGCUCAGCUACGACCAGGACAGGAGCUGGACAUUAUUAUGCACUGUGUCAAAGGAAUUGGUAAGGACCAUGCGAAGUUCUCUCCAGUGGCCACAGCCAGUUACCGCCUUCUGCCAGAGAUCACCCUCCUGGAGCUGGUGGAGGGGGAAAAGGCAGAACGCUUACAACGCUGCUUCUCACGAGGAGUUAUUGACCUGGAAGAUGUUGAUGGGAAAAAGGUUGCUAAAGUAGUGAACAGUCGCCUGGAUACAUGCAGCAGGGAAGUCCUCCGACAUGAUGACCUGAAGAACGUGGUGAAACUCGGAAGAGUGCGAGACCAUUUCAUUUUUACUGUGGAGUCCACUGGCAUCCUGCCUCCAGAUGUCCUGGUCACAGAGGCUGUCAAAGUCCUCUCGGCCAAGUGUCAGAGGUUUCUCAGUGAUCUGGACUCUACUGAAAUGGAGUGAAAUCAUGACUAUGCAUGCUCAGACCCACCACAGAGGCUCUGGUUUUGAAAUAUGCCCCAACCUACCAGGGCUUGGAUUUUUGAUGCGGUGCACUCAGUGGAAUGGCUCUGUUGAAUCUUGGCCGUAUUGAUAAAAACUACUGUAUUUUCAAAAAGCAGAUAUUGCCAUGGUUGGUACACUUGCUUGUAAGUAUGUAUAUACUGCUGUCUCUAGUUUUUAUACCACUCUCGAUUUAUAGAGGAGCUCAGUUUUCGUUAAAUAAACAUGCUGAAUUUAAUAAAAACAUCACCAAUAAUAUCUAAAAGUUCAGACAUACUUUACAAUUUCCUGUGUGGAUCUGUGUAUAACAUAAUAUAAUAAAGCAAAAUAGAAACAAAAAAUAUGAUAUAAUUGAAAGCACAGAUGUUAUUACAGGAUGAGUGUAGUAUAAAUAGUAUAUACAGUCCUGGGUGAAAACUAAUUAAUUGCCAUAGGCCACCAUUAUCUGCCCACUAAUUAGUUUAUCACGAAUAUAUCAAUGUAUAAGUUGGUGGAAAAAGCAGCACAGAUACACCAAAGAUGUUCGACAUAAUUUACAGACUGUCUCAAUUUCAUAUUUUGUCCACUGGCAAGUUUAUUUUUCAACUGUAAAAUGUUCCACCAAGCACAUUAUGGAUCAUAACCAGGAACUAAGAAAUACUAAGAGUCUACGUCCCACACCCCACCCACCAGACACACAAUGAAAGUCUGUCAAAUAUUCAAAUUUUUCAGGUUUCCAUAUUUUAUUUUAUUCAGUUCAUCUGUAAAUGGUUAUUUUGAAAUGGAAAUGUAAAGCUUUUAGAUUUAGUUUCAAAGCAUUCAUGUGCAAAUAUUGUCCACUCAAAUGAUCCAUACCUUCUGAAAAAGAUUUUUUUAAAAUCUUACAGAACUUUACAGGUGCUGUAGAAUCUUUUGUUUUUGUUGGCCUAAAACUACUCACUUAAAAACACCGAAUGAGCCAAUGAAUUAUCCACUAAGUAUUAGCUUUAAUUUUAGAAUUUAAACUCCCCCCAGUCUGCUAAAAAAUACAAAGAUUUACGGGCAAAAAAACUGAGGACCUGACUGCCUUGUCCUCAGUCCUCAGUGGUAGCUACAUCCCUGUAUAUGUGUCACAUUAACCAGUUUAAGGAAUCCUUAAUAAAAAUGUGUCUAUAUAAUGUUUUUCUGUAAUGUAAAAAUGAGUAUCAACUGAGUACACUUUUUAAUGAAUAUGGAUAUCUGUAUCAGUCUCGAAAAUCCAGUACUGUUAAGUCUUUACUGUCUGCACAGUGGAUGUGUGUCACUACUUAAACAACUGCAUCAAAAAGCAA